AAUUACCUUUAUACUUGUGAUUAAAUUUCAUGAGUAUUUUAAGUGAAUUUAUUCUGUAAAUAAAAACUCAAAUAGUAAAACCAGAAUAGAUUUAACACGGGUUUUUCGAAAGGUUAAAAUGAGAUAUCUUAAAUACGUUCUAGGUACAUUUUAAACAGGCAUGAGUCGGUGGUAAAGAUACAAACCUGCGAGGAUGAGAUUUGUAUUUUUAAUAAUUGUCGUUCUACGUGUUAGUUGUCAAGCUUGCACCGUGUUGCGAUGCUGGGGUACAGAUACAAGUAAAGAUCUGGAUUGCUGCUUGGGAGAAUACAAUGAUACACUCCUGACAUGUACUACCAUUGGGAUAUGGGAUUCCGAUAAGAUCCAUCUCCCAACAAUAUCACCAAGCACAUGUUUCUACACAACGAACUGUAUUACGGCUUGGUUCGAUCAUUCGCAAGGAUAUUUCGUUGUCAAACUUCAACCACAGAAUGGGACAUCAGUGCCCGUUACGGACAACUACAGUUUACAUUUUCGUGGGUCGCAGAAAUGUUGUUCUGGUGUGGCUGCGAAUAUAAACCCACCCAUCUGCAGAUCACAACGUAAUGCAACGACUGUUCCAACAGAUACAACACUUGGAAAGACAACAACGGCUGCCUUUACAACACCAACCAGUGGUAUGGUAGAUAUCUUGACAUCAUCACCUACAACAUACACCUAUACCACUACAUCAAAAGACGAAACUCCCAGCCCCGAUAAAGAAAAGCUGAAUACUACGUCAGUGAAGAUUUACAUCAUCUUGCAGCAAAUGGCGAAGGAAUUUCAGUCUGAAGAUUUCGUCAGUGUUCAGAACAUCACUAAAAGCUUGGAAGAGUUAGAAAGCGCUGCUGCUGAAUUUGCGUUUUCCAUUACAAAUGAAUCUGCCUCUGCUAUAUAUGGGGAAGUAGAAAUUGGGGUAACUGUUUCAAACUCUUCCUCAAAAAGUUGUUUUAGAAACUCUACUUCCCACGAAGAUUGUCUGCUUGGUUUCUCCAAGGUAGCUAUUCCAAACAUUGUGGUCGAAAACGGUCAACUUGGAAAGAACUCGACUUCUAUAUUGGUAGCAACACAAUUUAGAUUGCCAAAUGUGAUUCUUGAAAAACUUGAACCGAAAUAUGAAGAAAAAGGCACCGAAUUGUUCCAAACCCAAAAGUUUGUCGAUCACACCGGUAGCCAGUUAUCCGCGUCUGUGUAUGAUAAAGCUACAAGGAAAAAACUGAGGUCUUCGCUGACGUACCUCAUGAAAACGAAAGGAUUUACAUCUGGCCAUGAAAUUGGAAAACGGAGAGUCUCCUCUAUAACGUAUAGCUGCGAAUACUAUGACGUCAUCCGGCAGCAGUUUUCCUCGACCGGAUGUAGGCUGAUGACGUCAGAUGACGAAGAUGUCACGUGUUUUUGCAACCACACAACAAUAUUUGCAGUUCUGCUUUCAGUCACAACAUUUCAACCACCUCUAGCGGUUAAGGUGAUAUCAUACGUUACGGAAUCAUUAUCCGUCGUCUGCCUUAUCUUUACACUGGUUGUGUUGGUUCAAGUUCGGAAACAGCUCCGCUCUGAACGUACCGUUGUGCAAAUAAACCUCACAGCUUCCUUGCUGCUUCUUCAUCUCUUAAACAUCAUUCACGAACUCGCAUAUCUUCACACCGUUUCGUGCACAGCUUUGACGUUUGCCUUGCACUUUUUCUUGCUGUCCUCUGGUGCUUGGAUGUUUCUGGAAGCUUUCACAUUAGCGAUGAUGACAUCUCAUAAAGCUCUUUACUUCGAUUCUGUAAGCAGAAAGAAACUUUACAUAUUUCGUGUUUUUCUUGGAUGGGGAGCCCCUUUUAUGGUUGCCAUGGUUACUUUUGCAAUCGGGAUGUCGACCGGAAACUACGUGAAGAAAACGGAAGCUCAAAUUCGAGGAUUUGAUGCAAACGAGUUCGAUCGAUGUUGGUUGACAAAUAAAGGAGGGGUGUUGCUGGGAGCAGCUGUCAUACCACUUGCUCUUAUCUGCGUAGUUAAUUUUGCCGUUGCAGUCAAGGUUCUACUUUUCAUCCACGAGAAAAGCAAGGAAUCUUUAAAGUUUCUCCCGAUGCCAGGUAAGGUAAACCCGACAGAUCCAGCAAAGCUUACCAGGAUAGAUAUGACCCAUGUUAAAGCGGCAUUAAAAGGAUUCAUCUUUUUAUUCCCCGUUCUUGGGCUGCCGUGGAUUCUAGGCUUUUUAACAGGCAUUGAUUCUUAUGAAGCUUCUGUUGCGUUUAUGUAUUUGAACGUCGUUUUGAAUGGACUCCAAGGUGUCUUUCUGAUGCUGAUAUAUUGCGUAAUUGGUAGUGAUGUUCGCAAGGCAUGGCUGAGGAAAAUCAGCUGUGUGUUAAGAACCGAGGUUGGCAGCUCUACAGAGACGUCGGGCGGCGUCGUAGUUACAGCGCAAACUAGUUUGCCACGAACUUGAACUUCUUGAUUGUAAAAGUUGUAUGUGUAAGAAUAUUACAGACAUGGUCGCUAAAAAUAAAUUUUACUCACACGA